AUGUCACUCCAGUCCAUCAUAAUCCAUUCCGCCUGCGUCGUCGUGUGGGUCACCUUCUUCGUGUAUUUUGCCGACCUCUCCAACCAGAUAACUGGCGUCGAUGAAGACCGCAUCAAUAAACCGGACAGGCCGAUACCGUCUAAGCUAGUCACACUGAAGGGCGCGAUUGGGCGAUGGGCAGUGGUCCUCUCUAGCUUCAUCAUCAUCGGGAUAUUCUAUCCAGCGAUAUUGCCGGAAACGCUUUGCUUGGUCGCUGUGGUGGCCUUCCUGAAUUUGACGCCGGCAGGCAACCAUUGGUUUGGGAAGAAUUGCAUCGCACUAACACCGGGGAUGUGGGCGCUCCUCAGCGGCUGCUGGAAGAUUAACUCCCCUCUCGACUUGACCAAUCGCUCGUACAUUCUCACAGUUGCGGUAUGGACCGGCAUCCUCAUGCCGAUCCAGGAUUUUCGAGACAUGAAGGGAGAUGCGAGGGUUGGGCGGAGGACAAUGCAGCUUGUUUACGGGGACAUCACAAGCAGAAGGAUAUACGCAUGUGGCUUCGUUCCAGCCGCAUACGCGGUACUGCGCGUUGGGCGACUGGCGGACAUUGCGCCUAUUCCCCUGGCGCUGACCCAUGUAUACUUGGCCUACCGGACCAUGAAUCAUGACGGCCCUCGCUAUGAUCACAAGACAUACAUGCACUUCACAUAUCUGUUCUGCGCGGUCGUCGCGUCCAUCAUAGUGAAACAGAAGUGA